GUUUUUAUAAUAGUUCUGUAUCAACAAUUGUUUUAAAUAAUUUGCUAAUUUUUUCAUAUUCACUAAUACGUUUUUACAAUGACGGACGUUAGAAGUCUGAAAGAAGCAAUAAUCCAAUAUGAAUUUCAGCUAUCCCAAAUUGUAUCUGCGUUAUCUAUGGAAACAGAGGAAAGUGAAAAGAAUGAUUUGUUGAAUUUAAAAUCAAAUCUUCAAGAAUUAAUUGAUUUAACUAAAGAAAAUUUAGAAAAACUCGAAGGAAUUGGAAGAACUGAAAGUCCAGAUAUAAUUGAAAUUUUUAACAAAAAGGAAAAUGAUAAAACUGACCCGCUGGCAAAUGAAUAUGCCUUAUUUAAGGCAGAAAUAGAAGAUUGCUCAAACAAUUCAAAGAACACUGAGCAAAAUAGUGAUGCUGCAGGUGCUUGGAAUGAUAUAGAAGAUGAAUUGAAGCAACUUGAGGGAAUGAAAUGUAGAGCUCGCCUUAAUAGCAGUUGGGAUAAUAGUGGUUACCACAAUGCUAUGAUAUGUUCAGUUGAUAGAAGUACUAAUCCAACAUUGAAAUCUAUGCAUGAAAUCAAGGUCAGAGUGCUCUUUAUUAAUCCAACAUAUAAAGAAAUGCUUCCAUGUCCAUAUUUCUUUGAUGGAAAUUGUAAGUUCUCUGAUGAUCAAUGUCAUUUUUCACAUGGAGAAAUAGUAUCAUUUUCCAAUCUGCAGGAAUAUAAAGAACCUAAGUAUGAAAAAAUUAAGAUGGGCAGUAGAGUACUAGUAAAACAGAAUAAUAAUCUAUGGUAUAGAUCAGUAGUAAUAAAAUUGCCUGAUGAAAUUGAAGAAGUUUUUCGUGUAAAACUUGAAGCAAAAGGUGAUAUUGCAGAAGUAGGUUUGCAAGAUCUUGUACCUCUUGAUGCUACAGAUUCGGAAAUAUCUGAUGCAUCUGAUGACAGUGAAACUGAUAACAAUGAAAAAGAUUACACUACAGAAAAGUUAAUAGAUAAAUCUCUACUAACAGCACCAUCUACUCUAGGGCAUUGGGAAAAACAUACACGUGGUAUAGGUAGUAAAUUAAUGGAGAAAAUGGGUUACGUGAGAGGUACAGGUUUAGGAAAACGAGCAGAUGGAAGAAUAGAACCUAUUGAAGCUGUAAUAUUACCAGCUGGUAGAUCUUUAGAUCAUUGUAUGGAGUUGCGCGAAAUAGCUGGUAAUGACAAAAAUUUGUUUUCGGCAGAAUUUAAAAUGCGUAAAAAGCAACAAAAGUUAGAACGACAAAGACAGAGAGAAUAUGAAAGAGAAAAGAAAAAGGAUCGAAAUAAUAUAUUCAAUUUCCUAAAUACGACACUAAAUGCAACAUUAGUCGAAAAUAAAAAUAAAGAUGUUGCCAGUACAUCAAAAUCUAAAUGUAAUUUGAAGACAGAAUCAAAUUGGAAUUUAAAUGUGGCAAACUUUCAAAUAGGAGAAGGUAUUAGUCGACUAGAAAGAGAAUCAUUAAAACUUAAAAAUUCAAUGACAAGACAUUCAAAAGAUAGCACACCUUACAAAAAUAUUCUAGCGCAGUACAAUCAGAAACAAAAGGAACUUACUGAUUUACGUACUUGUGAGAAAAAUAUUACAGCUGAACAAACUCAAAGAAAAAACAAAGCAAAAUUGUCUAUAUUUUAAAGUAAAUAAUAAAAGUACAUGCGUAUGUUUGAUACCGA